AUUGUUUUCAUUGCAUUUAUUUCCGAUUUACUUGUACAUCGUUUAGUUUUGUUAUUAAUAAUCGACUGCUAGGCAACUGACUUCAAUAUACAAUUUGGGACUAAAAAAUAUAUUUUAAAGCCAGUUGGUUUAAAAAUAAGUAAUAAAAAAUAUACAAAAUGGAUACCGAAGGCGAUUACGAUGAUAGGCGUAUUACAGAUGUGGGCGAUGCAGCUGACUUGCUAAUAGUUGAGGAUGCAACUGAAGAAGUAGGCCCAAAUUUGCCUGUAACGUCAUAUCGGAUGAAACCCUCUUUAAGAGAGCUUUUUCCAGCAUCACAUAUCAAAAGUAUUAUUCAGUCCACAAUAUAUGAUAAACUUCAAGGGAAAGUAUAUAAUCCAGAUGACGCUCGUAAGUGGACCCGGGAGAUUUCUGAUGAAGUCAGUGCAGCAGUAAAAGAUAUUGUUCAAAUGCCCCGUUUUAAGCAUGUUGUACAAGUAACAUUGGGUCAGCAGCUGGGUGCUGGUUGCCGGUAUAUAGCGAAGUGCUGUUGGGAUGCCGAAGCUGACUCCCAUACAUCCGAUGUAUUUACGAAUGCCAGCUUAUUUUGUGUUUGUACCGUAUUUGGUGUAUAUUUAUAUUAAUUACACAUAUAUAGUAUACAUAAAACAAGUGUUAUAUUCAAAACACAAGUCAGCUUAUUAUCAGACAAUGUAUAAACAGUAUGACUCUUGUAAAAAUUUGUGAUGUUUUCAAAAAACUGCGCGAAUGAUGCGUGGUUAACGAAAUAUUAAAUUUCCAUACAUAGAACAUUUUCGGUUUAUACAAACUAGGACGCCAUACCUUUGCUAAAUGAGUCCUCGUCACUUCUUCUUAGUAAAAGGAUUUAGGAAAUGUUUGAGAGCAAAAUUUUGAAAAUAAAUUGCAUAAUUUAUUGAAAGAUGGUGUAUCUGCACACGUGUUGCGCUUUUCUCCCAAGUGAGAUAUACACAAUAAUUAAGGUUGUUUUAAAAAUUGUGUCUUACAUGUGUAUGUGGGUGGUAAUAGUAGCACCUCAAAGUUGUGUACUUUGGAUAAUGUAUUAUUGCAAAUGUUUUUAUAUAUUUAUUACAACAUUCAAACGAUAAAUAAAUACAAUCAAGAAAAUGUU